AUGUCGGGAAACCAGGAAGAAAUUGACAAUCCUCUUCAGGAAUGUUUUCAUAAUAUAGAGAGAAUACAAGCUAAUUUCACAGGGAGGAGAAGCCAUAGAAAAGCAGAACGCAGUGAUGACUUUGAUUGCACACUAUGCUUGAAAUUACUGUAUGAACCUGUCACAACUGCUUGUGGGCAUUUCAUGCCUAUUUCAGUCAAUGGAUCGAUGUUAUCAUUGAUUCUUCAAGAGGUUCAAUAG